GCGUGCGCCUGCGCACCGGAGGCCGGAGGAGUCUUACCCUAAUGUAAGAUGGUGGCCCGUCUGGCUGUGGAACCCACCGAAAGCUGAGAGUCUCUCUCAGCCGUAAAGGUCGGACUCGCUGAAGCAAUCAGGUCUGGUUUUGAAGAGUUUUGUUCUCGACACUCAGUCAGUGAUCUCUCGCGAGGACGCGGCAGCGCGUGGAGUCGGCUGAGGGAAAAGCGAGGCACGGCAGGCGGGUCUACAAGGUUCUACAUUUUAGCUCUCAGUGCUGAACUUCCUUCUCCCUUAAAUUAUUAUAAACUUUUUUUGCUGCUGUUUAAUAAAGUGAAGAUGUCUCGCAGUCCUGAUGCAAAAGAAGACCCUGUGGAAUGCCCUCUCUGCAUGGAGCCCUUGGAGAUAGAUGAUAUCAACUUUUUCCCUUGCACCUGUGGCUACCAGAUAUGCCGAUUUUGUUGGCAUCGAAUUCGCACUGAUGAAAAUGGGCUUUGUCCUGCAUGUAGAAAGCCAUAUCCAGAGGACCCAGCAGUUUAUAAACCACUUUCCCAGGAAGAACUGCAAAGGAUAAAGAAUGAGAAAAAACAGAAACAGAAUGAGAGAAAACAGAAAAUAUCAGAAAAUCGCAAACAUUUGGCAAGUGUUCGUGUUGUACAAAAAAACCUCGUCUUUGUUGUAGGUCUGUCUCAGCGCCUAGCAGACCCAGAGGUUUUAAAACGCCCAGAAUAUUUUGGAAAGUUUGGUAAAAUACAUAAAGUUGUCAUCAAUAAUAGCACGUCAUAUGCAGGCUCACAGGGUCCAAGUGCUAGUGCUUAUGUCACCUACAUCCGGUCAGAAGAUGCUCUCAGAGCCAUACAGUGUGUCAACAAUGUGGUUGUAGAUGGCAGAACACUGAAGGCAUCUCUAGGUACAACGAAAUACUGCAGUUACUUCUUAAAGAAUAUGCAGUGUCCAAAACCUGACUGCAUGUAUCUACAUGAAUUGGGGGAUGAGGCAGCCAGCUUCACAAAAGAGGAAAUGCAGGCGGGUAAACAUCAAGAAUAUGAACAGAAGCUACUUCAGGAAUUGUAUAAAUUAAAUCCCAAUUUUCUUCAGCUGUCUACGGGUUCAGUUGAUAAGAAUAAGAAUAAAGUGACACCAUUGCAGAGGUAUGAUACCCCCAUUGACAAACCUUCAGAUCCUCUCAGUAUAGGGAAUGGUGAUAAUUCCCAGCAGGUACCCAACAGUGAUACACCUUCACCACCACCUGGUUUAUCAAAAUCCAAUCCAGUCAUCCCCAUCAGUUCAUCCAAUCACAGUGCACGGUCCCCUUUUGAAGGGGCAGUAACAGAGUCACAGUCAUUAUUCUCAGACAAUUUUCGCCAUCCCAACCCUAUCCCAAGCGGGCUUCCUCCUUUUCCCAGCUCCCCACAGACAUCCAGUGACUGGCCCACAGCACCAGAACCACAGAGCCUCUUCACAUCAGAGACUAUCCCAGUGUCAUCCUCUACAGACUGGCAAGCAGCAUUUGGCUUUGGUUCUUCUAAACAACCAGAGGAUGACUUGGGUUUUGAUCCCUUUGAUGUUACUAGAAAAGCCUUAGCAGACCUGAUUGAAAAGGAACUGUCUGUUCAAGACCAACCUUCCCUUUCGCCCACAUCUCUUCAGAACUCCUCUUCACACACUACAACCGCCAAAGGCCCAGGCUCUGGAUUCCUGCAUCCUGCUGCACCUGCAAAUGCCAACUCUCUCAAUAGUACCUUUUCAGUCUUGCCACAGAGGUUCCCUCAGUUUCAGCAGCAUCGAGCAGUUUAUAAUUCAUUCAGUUUUCCAGGCCAGGCAGCCCGCUAUCCUUGGAUGGCCUUUCCACGCAAUAGCGUCAUGCACUUGAACCACACAGCAAAUCCCACCUCAAAUAGUCAUUUCUUGGACUUGAAUCUCCCGCCACAGCACAGCACAGGUCUGGGAGGGAUCCCUAUAGCAGGGGAAGAAGAGGUGAAGGUUUCGACCAUGCCACUGUCAGCCUCUUCCCAUUCAUUACAACAAGGACAGCAGCCUACAAGUCUCCACACUACUGUGGCCUGACAACAGAACUGAGAGGAGAGGAUUAGACUCUGGGGUGCUUGCAUGGGCAACCGGAUUUUGCAUGAUUCCUUUCUGAUUUUGCAUUUAAUGUAUACACCCACAAGAGCCAAUAUAAACGUUCCUCAUGCCUAGAACUAGUGUGUUACCUCAUAGUUGCUGAAGUAUUUAUUCACUAGGCCUUUAACAUAAUUUAUUAGCACAAUAAUUUUGGCAUUGUUUCUGAUGAGUGAUACUAUUUUUAACUCAUACAAAUAAAUUUAUAGGACUAAUUAAGAUCCCAGAUGAGAUUAGAUAGAAUUGUUCUUGUUUUGGCUCUAUUACUGAAAAUAUACAAAGGUAAUAAUAGUUCUUUGUUUUCUGAUUUGUGAAGAAAUGGUAAUAUGUCCUAAAAUUUGGAAAAGAAGAUAAUGUUUGUUGCAUUCUUUGAGUAUUUGAAAAGAAUACAUAUAAAACAAAAUUGGUAAUGUCAUUUAAUGCUCAAAAGAUGUUAUCAGCUCUUGUUUUUAGUUGCCUAGAUUUAUAUCCUAUAUAAUGCAUUACAUGUGUAGAAACUGUUUUGUUCUCUCAUUUGCACAUUUGCACUUUCUUUUGAAAUGGUAUUAAUUAUACAUAGAUGGUUAAAAGGUAAUUAUUAUGGCCUAAAUGCAGUAUAAUCUUCUAAUGCACUGCCUAGUAUACCAGGAAAUGCCUCAAAAAAACAGGAUUUAAACUUCUAGUAAAUUUAUUAAAAACUUGAACAUGGGGUAAACAUUGUGUGUGAGUAGCAGCCAUAGUAAUAGCAUUUUUAUUGAACAAACAGUAGUUCAGUGGGAUAUCUGUUUGGAAAUUUCAUUGUUUAAUAACUGAAAUGUGCUGACAAGACUAUAAGUAUGUGAUCAUAAUGAGACCAUGUGGAAGAACAGAUCAAGUGUCUUCAAAAAUUAGGCUAUGUGAGUUGUACUAGAUAACUUUAGUUAUUUAGACAGUAGUGGAGUACUUUAUUAGAACAUAAUGUAAGAUGAUGUUUUUUGAUAAUACUUAAUUUUUUGAAAUAGUUUUUAAAAUGACAAUAAAAGAAAAUAAAGUGAAAGCUGAUUUAGGAAACAUGACCAUAUUCUAAGUGAAACAGCACCUGGGAAGAGAGGGAAAGUUGGACCUCCUCUUGAUUUUUAAAAAAUUGUGACAUAAAAGGUAUGCUUUAAUUUGUUAAAAAAUAUUACAGGAGUGUUAUGAACACCAAAAAGAACCCUGGAGAUUUAAAAUAAUAAUAAAAAUUCCUCAUUAGGGGAUGAUGUUAAUAUUAUAUUAGAAUUGGAAUUUGCAAGGUAACUUCUCUCUAUAAAAUCUAAUUUCUGUUAGGUAUCAUGCAACAAGUUAAAUGGCUUUAUCCCGUGGAAUAGUGAGGUAAAAUAAAAAUUUGUUCUCAAAUAUCCUUAGGUCUGGUUAACUGAGGCUGCAGAAGCAGCUAAUAAGUCAUUUAAGUUACAUUUUUAAAAAUUCAGCAUUUGUAUAUUACUUUUCACUUAGAAGUGUUUUUUAAGACAUUACCAGAAAAUUACUGAUUUAGAAAAUGCCAGUGGAAUAUUACUGAUUAUUAAGCAUCAGCCUUUAAUCAUAGAUUAAUUUACUUGGGCUUUUCAUUUUCGCAUUAAAAGGCCAAGGCUUAGCUGCUGUCUCCUGUAAGGCUAAGGCCUCUGGACACUAUUGUAAAAUUUUGCCUCAUUGUAAUGAUGUAUUCCCACUUUUAAUGUAAGCCUUCAAUUGUCUGAAUCUUCUUACAAAGCCAUAGCAGCUGGCUAGCUGUAUACUCAUUUGGUGUUAAGAGGUAUAUCUGUUAAACAGAGCUUCUUUUCUGGUCUUUCUCAUGCAUAAUUUGUGCAGAAACCUGUACGUUUGCCCACAUUUAGCCACAGUCCUGAGUAGAUUUCCCAAGGCAGCAUCCUGCCUGCUUCUCCUUUCUCCCUUCUUCCUGCGCACCCUGAAUUAAGGAACUGCUUCUUGGGAAAUGAAGGCUCCAGCUUCUCUCUGUUUACGUAGAAUGGCUAAAAUGAUCUUUUGAUUCACUGUGUAAUUUCCAGACCUUUUAAGACUUUAUGCUUUUGCUCACUUAAUAUUUUAUUUAAUAUGGUUUUGUAGCAGUCUUCACAGUCAUGAUUUUAUACCAAAGCCUCAUUUCAUGUAGCAAGUAAGUUGUAACCAAAUAAUAGUAAAGAGUGAGAAAUACUAAGAAGUUUCUGGUUUGUUUUUGACAAAUUCCUGCGUGAUUCACCUUUCACAGGAAAAUUUUACAGACUUCCACAUCUUUAACCUUUAAAAAGUGACUAGUCUUUUUCUUAACAUGGAAAUUUUUAACUUGGAGUCCAGAACUCUUGAAAGGUACAUACAAGAUUAUGAAUUUGUGUGCAUGUACAUAUAUCCGUUUUAUUUUUCUGGGAGAGAAGUUCCAUAGUUACUAGAUUUAUAAAGGGUUUGGCAACAUUUUCCUACCUCAGGAAAAAAGAAAAGGGUUAAGAACUUGCUGCCUUGAAAUGAUUUUAGUGCCAUUAUGGGAAACAGAUUGUUGGCUGAAUGAUUUUAGUUAUAUGAUGUCAAGUGCCUCCUUAAUCUUUUUUUUUUUUUUUUAACUUCCAUUCGAAAACAUUUUUAAUUAAUGAUGCUUUCUUUCUUGUUCUACUUGUAUUUGGUUUUCCAGGUGGUGUAUUGUGUAUUUUUCCUUUAUUUCAACAAAGUAUUCAUUAAGUAACUGAGUAUAGUACUUGUGUAUAGUGACCUGAACUAGAUAUUGAGGGCUGCAAAAUUGAAUAAAAUACAGAGCCUGUCACCAAGGUGAACAGUCUAUUGGUAGUUCUUUUUCACUUUUUAAAAAAAUGAGAGCUCUUGAUAGAUAUUAAUCACAAGAGCAGUCAUACCAGUCCAGCUCAUUUCAUUAUUCAUCUCUCAGUAACUGCUCUGAUGUUAGCAACAGGGUGUUGAAUAUGCUUCAUAUUCUAAAAUAUGUGAUAAUUUGAAGAGAAGUGAGAAAAUCUUAAUAGGAC